AAAUACCCACAAAGAUAAAACCACCGAAAAAUAAGGCACCUCUUUGUCUUCUUCAAAAUUCUCUCUCCAUCCCCACCUUUUUUUUCGAUCCUUCAAAACAUUUGAUUCGAAUUAGCAUAUAUUAUAUGUAUAUAUGUUGGGGGAUUCAGGCGAAGUACUAGAGAGCUUCCCCGUGGCAGCCACCGCCGGAGAGGAGGAGAAGCUGGAGGAUUCCGGCGAGAUAGCCACCGUCUCCGGCGGCGGAGGGGGAGGGAACCGGUGGCCUCGGCCGGAGACUUUGGCUCUCUUGAGGAUACGUUCGGAGAUGGACUCCGCUUUCCGAGACUCUGCUCUUAAAUCUCCCUUGUGGGAACAAAUCUCCAGGAACAUGGCUGAGCUUGGUUACAGAAGAAGUGCCAAGAAAUGCAAGGAGAAAUUUGAGAAUGUGUACAAGUACCACAAGCGUACCAAGGAAGGCCGGUUUAGCAAACCGGAAGGCAAAUCAUACCGGUUUUACAACGAAUUGGAAGCUUUCGAAAGUCUCCAUUCCUAUCCUCUCGAACCCAAAUCUCGUAUCCACAAACUACCUCCGACCACGACCGUGACCACAACUGCUUCCUUGGUACCAUGGAUUAACCCAUCAAAUGGUACAAACCCUACCUUGUUCACCAAGAAACAAUCUACAAUUGCAAGUUACAAUUCUCAUACAGUCCUUAGCUCUGGCUAUAAAACGAACCCUAAUGAUUUUCCGAGCAAUGUUCCAUGGAUGAAUCUCUUCUCGAGCUCGACAUCUUCUUCAACAGCAUCUGAUGAGGAGGAGAUUGAGGGGAAGAGGUCAAGGAAGAGGAGAAAAUACUUCAAGGGAUUAUUGAAAAGGUUGACGAAUGAUUUGAUGGAGAAGCAAGACAAGAUGCAGAAGAAGUUCUUGGAGACAUUGGAGAAGCUCGAGAAGGAGAGAGUUGCCAGAGAAGAAGCAUGGAGGAUCCAAGAAACGGCCAGAAUCCAUAGAGAAUACGAAAUUCUAGUCCACGGAAGGUCAGAGGCCGCGGUUAAAGACUCCGCAAUCAUUUCCUUCUUACAAAACGUAUCGGGACAACAGAUACAACAAUUUCGGGGCGACCAAAAAAUAAGAAUUCAGAAUGAUCAAAAGCAAGAUGAGAUAAGGACAGUGGAAGCAACAAGCAAGAAGAUGAACAAUGGGGACAAUUCGAACUAUUUCCUGUCUCCAAGUUCUUCUAGAUGGCCGAAAGCCGAGGUUGAGGCUCUGAUAAGGCUAAGGACAAAUGCCGAUGAUUAUAAAUUUCAAGAAAACGGCGCAAAGGGUUCACUGUGGGAAGAAAUCUCGGUCGGGAUGCGAAGACUUGGUUACAAUCGCAACGCGAAGAGAUGCAAAGAGAAGUGGGAGAACAUCAACAAAUACUUCAAGAAAGUGAAAGAGAACAAUAAAAAACGGCCCAUUGAUUCAAAGACUUGCCCUUAUUUUCACCAACUCGAGGCCAUUUACAAAGAGAAGAACAAAGCUUCGGCGUUGUCUCUAAUGGCGGCUCCACAACAGCAGUUGCUUCCUCCUCAAGAAAGCUAUGAGAUGGAAAACCUAGGAAAUGGAAAUCGAGAUGAAGAAAGAGACAGCGAAGAAGAAGAGAAUGAGACAGGUGGAUUCGAGAUGGCGAUGAACAAAACAGUCUCACCAAUGGACAUUGACAAUAAUGUUUUCGCAUAGUUAAGAGAUUAUGUGUAUGUAUAUAUGUAUGUAAAUACGCAUUUCCUUUUUUUUUCCAAA